AUCGUUUUUUUCUCCCAUUUCCUCGCCGUCUGGAUUUAGAAGAAAAAGUAUCCCUUUGUUUCUUUCUUUUUCUCGUUUCUUCACGUUUUUCGCGCCUCUCUUCUUGUCUCCUGCGCCGAAAGCUCACGCAGCUCUCGCGCCACAGAAAAGAACAAUCAAGCCGCAGCCAUGGCCGCUCAACAGACUCCCAAGCAGCGCCUCGCGCUCGCCAUCUGCGACUUCCUGACCACGUCAACGACGGACGGCACCCUUACCGCCGAGGACAAGGACUCCAUCGACGUGGCCAUCAACUGCAUCGCCGAGUCCUUCAAGGUCGACCCCAGCGACGAUGCCGCCGUAAAAGCCGCCAUUGGCCCCCAGAAGCUGCUCGACGUCUUCGCCGUCUACGAGAAGCUCCAGGCCAAGGACAAGGCCGCCUCAGCCCCGGCCGCCGCCGCCGCCGCAUCCUCCUCAACCCCCGCCUCCUCCUCCUCCUCCGUCCCUGAACCCUCCGAAGCCCAGAAGAAGGAGGCCGAGUCGCUCAAGUCAAAGGGCAACGCCGCUAUGGCCCAGAAGGACUACGCCGGCGCCAUCGACCUCUACACCCAGGCCCUCGGCCUGCACCCCUCCAACGCCGUCUUCCUGUCCAACCGCGCCGCAGCCCACUCCGCCGCAAAGGACCACGCCUCCGCCCGCAUCGACGCCGAAGCCGCCGUCGCCAUCGACCCCUCGUACACAAAGGCCUGGUCCCGCCUGGGCCUCGCCCGCUUCGCCCUGGGUGACCCCAAGGGCGCCAUGGACGCCUACCGCCAGGGCAUCGAAUACGAGGGCAACGGCGGCUCCGACGCCAUGAAGAAGGGCUUCGAGACGGCCAAGCGCCGCGUUGAGGAGCUCGAGUCCGACCAGGCCCAGGACAACCUCUCCCGCGCCGGCCCCGGCGCCGGAGCCGGCGGCAUGCCCGACCUCAGCAACCUCGCCUCCAUGUUCGGCGGCGGCGGCGGUGGCGGCGGCAUGCCCGACCUGGGCUCCAUCAUGAGCAACCCCAUGUUCGCCAACAUGGCCCAGAGCCUGAUGAGCAACCCCGACCUGAUGAACAACCUGAUGAGCAACCCUCGCCUGCGCGACAUGGCCAACCAGUUCAGCAGCGGAGGUGGCAUGCCCGACCUCGGCUCUCUAAUGUCCGACCCUAGCAUUGCCGAGAUGGCACGGAAUAUGAUGGGUGGCGCUGGAGGCGCUGGAGGCGCUCCUGGCUCUGGUGGUGCAGGACGGUAAAGCGACUCUUGUUUUAUAUUGAGUACGACAUCCCAAGAGAAGGACGAGUAGUCGCGACGAGGGUUGGCUGCGUGGUAUCAUGGUUAUGGGCUCUAAAAAAGAGAGAAACAAGAAAAAGAGAGACAAAGGGGCCUACGUCUUCAUUUAGAUAUGACUGAGCAACAGGCGCAAUGACCGAAGCGUGGUUAAUGAUUGUAAAUAGAGACAGCUGUAAACGAAGCACUCGAUUUCCAUUAUGAUUAUGCUCGCCCUUG